AUGUCCAAACCCAAAGAAGAGCAACCCGUGAUUCCUUUUGAACCCAAACCCAACGACAUUGUUUGCACCAAAUUGAGGACGUGGAAUUCCAAACAUUCCGGCAACAAGUUUUUCAAUGCCAUGAUUCAAGAAACAGCCUGCAAAGUUCAAGAGGAAAACAUCAAGAGCACUUCCGAAAUGCUCUUGAACGUGGUGGUCAAUCAACGGGGCGGCCGCUUUUUGAAACUCAGCGAUGCGGAUGUCCUGCACGGCACCAAGCCGAACAAUUGCACCGUCAUGAAUCGGAAGCAAUGCCUCAACAAGGUCAUUCGGACUUUGAGAACAGCCUUUUGCCGACAUCACGGGACUCUGGCCAAGCGAAUGCGCCCUCCGACUAAAACUCGACGCAAAAAGGCCAAGGAAUACAAAUUGCAUUCUGGUUCGUCCACCAUUCAUCCAUAUGCUUUGCAAUUGCUGGCGGGAGUCAUGAAUUCGACCAAAAAUGUGGCCUAUCGAGAAUUGGACAAGCCGGGGGAACCAUAUGAUACUAUUGAAACAGAACCACACCAAUUGAGGUUGAUGCGGCUGCAGUUGAGACAUCGAUUGAUUGCGGCCAAGGAAGCGAUGAUGCCCGCAGUGGAAUUUGGGAUUGCCAUUAUGAACUUGUGGGGAGGUCGAGUAGAAGUACAAAAGAAUCCACUGCCAAGUGUGGUGGUGAGUAAUACUACUGGUGGUGCUGAGGGUGCUUCUGAGGCCGCUGGUACGGAACCGGCUAUUGCUGCCGACAAUAUUGGCAGUCUCAACACCAUCAAUACUGAUGGCACUGGUAUUACCACUAAUACUAUUAUCAACGCAGCCAGCAAUACAAAUCCCAGCAACGUCAAUCCCAGCAACGUCAAUCCCAGCAACGUCAAUCCAAACAUUACAACAACAUCGACGGCAGUGAUGAGUAAGGAAUCAUCCCAAUUGAAAAAUAACGAAAUGAAGGAUCAGAUGAGAGCAGCCACACGAAACAAGAUGAAGAAUCUAAUGACCGAUGUGGGUGGUGGUACGGGGACCAAAGCAUCAUCGCACAGCAAAGCAACUCGUAAACCUGUCCGAGGAAGUCUUGCCUCCAAGACGUUGCCCAGAGGAAGUCUUGCUUCCAAGGCAUUGCCCAAUACGAGUGGCGAUGGAGGUGGUGCCAAUAAGAAAAUGUCGCCAAAUAAAGCUACUGCUGAUGGCUCUCCAGGUCGCAAGAAAAGAAACUCUCCUUCGAGAGGUUCUCCUUCCAGAGCAUCGUCCACCCGAGCUGGUGGUGGUGGUGGUGGUGGUGGCAAGUUAGCUACUCCUCCUAAAUCAACCAAACCUAGGAGAGGAAGUCUAGCCAGCAAGACUUUACCAGACAUGGUCAUGCCUGCUGCUGUUGCUGCUGCUGCUGGUGCUGCUGCUGGUCCUUCCAAGGAGGCAACUACAAUUAUUGAUCAUCCGCCGUCUCAACACAACAUUGGUAGUCUAGUUCACAAUGUGGAACUAGCCAAUGAAGACUCCCCCUUUUAUGCAAAACUAUGA